AUGGAAGAAAAGUUAAAUGAAAUGGAACAAGCUGGUAUCAUCACAAGGACAUCAACGCCUUACAGUAGUCCAUUGACAUUCACUCUUAAAAAAGACGGCUCAAUUAGAGUUCUGCUUGAUGCCAGAAGCAUAAAUAAGAAAAUGGUUGCAGAAACAGAGAAACCACCUAUACAAUUAGAUGUUUUGAAUUCAUUUCACGGAGCGAAUUAUAUCACUACCAUUGACUUAAAUAAUGCAUAUUUUCAAAUUCCGAUAAAUAAAGAUGGUAGAAAAUAUACUGGAUUCACAUUCAAUGGAAAGUCAUAUGUAUAUAAUGUUUUGCCGCAAGGAUUAAAAACAUCAGUAGGAAGCUUUAGCAGAGCCAUGAAUUUAAUAUUAGGACCAGAAGUCCAAGAAUUUUGUGUGAACUAUUUAGAUGAUCUAGCCAUUAUUACAACAGGAACGUUAGAUAAACAUUUGGAGCACAUUGAUAUUGUUUUAAGUAAAUUGAACAAAGCUGGCUUAGCGUGUAACUUGCAGAAAUGUGAAUUUAUUUGUAAAGAAAUUAAAAUGCUGGGUUUUAUAAUUUCAACAGAAGGCAUAAAGACAGAUCCCGAUAAGAUUCGAGCGAUCCAAGAGUUUCCAGCACCUAAAAAGAUUAAACAAUUAAGGGCCUUUUUAGGUCUAUGCAAUUUUUAUAGAAGGUUUAUACCAAAUUACAGCGAGAGCAUAAUACCGCUCUGUGAAUUACUUAAAAAGGGACGAAAGUUCCAAUGGAGUGGUAAAGAACAGAAGGCAUUUGAUUUUAUAAAACAACAAUUUAUUAAUACAAUACAAUUGCAUCAUCCAGACUUUAAUAAGCCGUAUUAUUUACAAACAGAUUGUUCCGGUGUGGGUAUGGCCGGAGUACUAUAUCAGAUAGAUGAUAAUAAUGAAAUGAGAAUUUUAGGCUAUCAUAGUAAAGCCUUAAAAGGCCCCGAAUUAAAUUGGUCUGUUACUGAACAAGAGUUUUAUGCUGUAAUAAGCUGCCUAAAGAAAUUUGAAACAUAUUUGCGGGGCAGUAAAGUAAUAAUACUAACUGAUCAUAAAGCAUUAUUGUUUAUUAAUAAUAUGAAGUUAUUCAAUGGUAGAGUAACCCGAUGGAUUUUGUAUAUAGAACAAUUUAAUUAUGAAGUACAGCAUAUAUCGGGUAGACGUAAUAUUGUUGCAGAUGUGCUAUCACGUUAUCCUCCUGAUGGCGAUUUAAUACAAGAGGAUAAAAAUAAUAGUUUAGAAAUUGCUUACACAGAGAGCGAACCGAAUAUUGAGUUGAUAGAAAAAUUAAAAUCCUUAACAGUAUAUCAAUUACAAGAUUCAGAGAGUCGUUGGCUAUUAUUGAAAAGUUAA